CGCGUGGCACUGUGCCGCAUCGCAAAUGGAAGCGAAGGAGAGGAGGGAGGCGAUCAAACAACAUUCCUCCUCCUGAGUGGAAGCUCGCAUGACCAUUUUGGGGAUCAGAAAAGCAACAUGGCAGACGUCGUGCUCCAAACCGAGCGAGGGAGCGGCGGGAUUGUGAUAGGCGACGACUGGCCAGGUUACAGUUUGGAGCUCUUCAGCUAUCCGGCACACUACGCCGGGGAUCUGCAAUGUGUCGUCGUCCCGCAUGGAGUCAUCAUGGACAGAACGGAACGUCUCGCUCACGACAUCAUGGACGACUUGGGGGACCACGACAUCGCGGUGCUGUGCGUGCUGAAAGGGGGCUACCAGUUCUGCGCCGACCUCGUGGACAAGAUCAAGACGCUCAGCUGCAGCUCGGACCGCACCAUCCCCAUGAGGGUCCACUUCAUCCGCCUCAAGAGCUACCUGAAUGAUCAGUCCACAGAAGACCUUCACAUACUCGGAGAAGAGGACUUGUCAUUUUUAGCUGGAAAGAACGUACUGAUUGUGGAGGGCAUUAUUGGCACGGGCAAGACCCUGAAGGCUCUCCUGAAGCACGUCAAGGCCUUCCAGCCCAAAAUGAUCAAAGUUGCCGGCUUGCUGGUGAAGAGGAUGCCUCACAACACUGCAAGCGUCCCUGACUACGUCGGCUUUGAGAUACCCGAUCGCUUCGUGGUUGGAUAUGCUUUAGACUACAACGAGUAUUUUAGAGACCUCAAUCAUAUCUGUGUGAUCAGCGACAGUGGCAAGAUGAAAUACAAGAUAUGAGGAAAGGAGGUCACGGUCACUCAGAUGUCAUCUCAGACUUUUAGCCUGUUUCAGCUGCUAUGGAGAAAUGCGUUCUCCGACUUUACUCUUCAACGUUCGCUCUGGGAAACGACCAACGAAAACACUGCCGUUCAACUCAUCUGUUUUUGCACCAAGUGGAACGUGGAUUUAUAAACUACUUUCUCGUUGAAAAUAAGGACAAUAGACCAUUUCGUUUUUUUAAAACUUAACAGUAACUGCACAGGAGUAAUUAACCUUCUUAACUGUAAUACACGUGUAAAAAGAAUGAAAAUACUCUUAACGUUAAUGGAAGACAUCUCACCACCCGCAUCUUUCUCAACAUUGUCACAAGUGUAGAAAGAUGUUGACCAGCGUUAAAAGUUAGGACAACAAAACACUUUGGAGUAGAGGACCAAGGUAUGCAGUGUGUUACAACUAACCUGAAUGUCAUAGUAGAGGUAAUAAAGGAAAUUAGCCUCCCUAAAUGUGAAAUUGAAUCACAUUCUUAAGCAGGAAAUGUAGCAUUUGAUAACAAAAUGACUUAUCACAUUAUUACUGUACUUUGGAAAGGUUUCUAUACUGUAAUUUUUUUGCAAUUCUUGGUAUGAGAGUGUAGCUUUUCAGACACACCUUGACAUCUUUUUUUAUUAUUUAGUAUUUGCGUUUCUCAUUCAUUAAUCAUUUAAAAAAAAAAAAGGUUAUUUGAGCUUUUGUGUGUUGUACAUCAAACCACUUUGAGCGUUGCCUGUUGGCAUUUAUAAAGGAAUUUUCUAUGUAUUAAAAUGUGGACUACCUUGAGUUUA